CACUCACUACCCCACCUGGCUCGUGGGUGACAGAUGGACCGAAUGAGGGAUGGCGAUGGGCUUCCCAGACUUUGCGGGGAGCGGGUUUUGGCGCGCCCGGGAAUAUCUCCGCCCCCGCGGUCGACUUCUGCCCCUUCACUUUGAACUGCUGCAUUAACCAUGGAUCUAUCUCAGUCACGACGCAUCCUCCGCAAAACAUUUGCCUGUGAUGAGUGCAAGCGACGCAAGAUUCGCUGCUCCGGCAAUGACAACUGCAGCAACUGUCGCCGGGAUGCUAAACCUUGCCGCUACUCCUCACCGUCCCAGCGUCUUUCUACAUUACAACGACGCCUCCAUGAAUCCGAGCGCCUGAGAGCUGACAUGGAACGGGCAUGGUCCGUAUAUCUCCCUUCGGUUGACCUCCAGGAUGCACUGCAGACAGUUCGCCUCCAAAACGACUCCAUCCCUGCUACCCAACAGGGCCAACACAGACAGAAACAUCUCAACGACGUUACACAUGCAAUAGAGCAGCCUCCUUCUGGCUUUGUUGAGCCCAGUAACGCUGAAGACUACGAGUUCGACGAGUCACAGGACUUUGACAACUCCACCGACGGCAUGGGGUUCCUGACGGUCGAUCCGCACAAAGCUGGCUAUACUGGGCCACAGUCGGGCAUAGCUGCCCUCAAGUUUCUGCAGUCGCUCCCACUGUAUCUACCCUUAACCAGCUUCAGUCCACCCUCCUCUCUCGAUGACGACGAUGAAGGAGCCUCUCCCAACACAAUGCAGCAGAGACGGCAGGACGUACUCCGCUAUCUAGAUGAUUACUUCGCUUUUUACCAUCCUGCGUACCCAAUUCUUCAUGAAGGGACAUUCCGUGCUCGGGUCUCGGGCGCCCUAGCCAAACCCCGCGACGGCUCGUGGCCUAUAUUGUACAACAUCGUGCUCGCUAUCGGGGCUUUCGUGGGAGACUCCCAGGGCACCAAGAUUGAUGUUCCCUUCUACAAGGAAGCACGCAAGCAUUUGUCGAUGGAUGUUCUCGAAAAGGGGUCUCUGAGUUAUGUGCAGGGUAUCGUCCUCAUGGCAAACUACAUGCAAAAGCGCAACAAGCCAAAUGCAGCUUUUAUUUUGAUCGGAAUUGGCUGGAGCAUGGGGUUAGCUAUCGGUCUGCACCGGGAAUUCGGCAUGCCUAGCACCUCGCCUUUCACUAUGGAGAUCCGCCGGCGUGUCUGGUGGACGCUAUUUGUGUUUGUCUCCGGCGUCCAGUUAACUCUUGGCCGACAAGCCGUGUCGCUUGUUGGUGUUAACGUUCGUCUUCCAGCCAACGUUGAUGAUCAUGAUCUCGCAGUAGACAUGGAUGAGCUACCCGAAUGUGGCAGCGGCCCGACGAUCACGUCUUGCCUCAUUGCCCAAGUGAAUCUUGCAAAGAUUGCGAAUGUUGUCCAGGUGGAGCUACUGACGCACCAUCUGCCUACUUACCAGAAAGCCACAGAUCUCGAGCAGCGUAUUCAUACAUGGUACCAUGAACUACCACCUCAUUUUGGGUUCAAUGUUCUGUUAGAACCACGCUUUGACAUUCCCCGUCGAGUCUUGCUAUGGCGCUCAUUCCAUCUACGGAUUGUUAUUAACCGCCCCUUUCUCUUCCAGAGCAUUGCGGCCAAGUCCGAACUUGACACUGCUGCAGGUCCAGUUGCCACCUGUCUCGCAGCCGCAGACGAAUGUGUCGCCUCUAUCUGUAGCUUCCUCGAGGCAACAGACAACCGGCGUCGCGGCCUGACAUGGUACGCGACUUGUUGGCUGCUGACAGCCAGCUUUGUUCAGGCAACAUGCUACAUUUACGAGCCAGCCCAUAGCCUGGCACCUGCAUGGAAGUGUCAUAUUCAGCGUGCUGUUGACUGCUUAGGAAGUCUUGGAUCUUCCCACGACAUGGCUCUGCGGGCCCGAGACGUGCUUCAAAAUAUACUUGAACAUGGUCACGGAAUGGCGGCUGCUGGCGACAUUGCUCCCUACGGUUCGAGCCAAUCCGCAGGGCCCUACCGGCCUCUCUGGUUCCCGGGCGAUCAACCGACAUACAAACCCGUUUCCUUUGGGCUGGAUGAUAGCCUAGCCGGCUAUGCGCCUGGGUCGUUCAACGCCGAGUUCCUUGAUGCUGCGGGCGGGCUAAUGAUCCAGAACCUGUUUGACAAUUACUGCGAGGAGCGGUCACAGAACGCCACAGGGGCUUCUAUUCCUGGGUAGCUUAGCUAGAACAUUCCCAAUAUAUUGUCCCUUAUGAUAUA